AAAAAAAAAAAAACGGCCUGCAGAAAAGGAGGAGCCUCGGCUGCCCCAGACCCGCACGCGACUCCACGAAACACAUACAUACGGCCCCGCUCCUGUGCAGGCCCGUCAGCCUGGACACCUCCUGACCAGCGAGGAACAGGUAGGUCUUGUAUACCCGGAGCGGCCGGAUGCGUGUCGGGCCCUUCCCCAGAACAAUGGACAAACAGCUUUUUGCGCAGAAGCCCCCUCCGCCCCGCAACGGCAUGGGUCUCGGCGCCGACAUGGGCGACGGCAGCUCGUCGUCGUCGACGCCCGCCCCCAACAAUAAGAAGCCACGGCGCGGCAACAAUGCAGCAAAUCAGAAGCGCCGGUGCGUCAGCACAGCCUGCAUCGCCUGCCGGCGGCGCAAGUCCAAGUGCGACGCCGCCCUCCCCAGCUGUGCGGCCUGCGCAAGCGUCUACGGCACCGAGUGUGUCUAUGACCCCAACUCGGACCACCGCCGCAAGGGCGUCUACCGCGAAAAGAUCGACAGUAUGAAGGCCCAGAGCUCCACUCUCCAGAUCCUCAUCGAGGCCAUCCUCAACGCCUCCGAGGAAGACGUGCCUGCCAUAGUCAAGCGGAUCCGCACCUGUGACAGCCUUGACGCCGUCGCCGAGUCGAUCAUGAAGGAGGAAAACAGCCACGAGGAGGAGGAGGACGACGACGACCUAUCUGGCGGCCUCGAGUACACCACAGACCAGCAGCCCUUUGCCGGCGAGAGGGACCUCGCCAGGAAGAUGGGGGAACUGCGUCUCGAGAACGGCCUGGUUCGCUUUAUUGGCGGCACCUCCCACUUGAUAUAUCUUGGCGACCCCAACGAGACACCCAGGGAAAUCGAUAGCGACGGCCCGCUCUCGGACGACGCCGCCGACCCGUUUGCGAGUUGGACCGAGGUUACCAAAGACACCCAGCUGAUAGUCCACCUGAUCAACAUGUACUUUGCCUGGCACUAUCCCUAUUUCACUACACUGUCCAGGAGUCUUUUCUACCGCGACCUGCUCAAGGGCAAGCAACGGGGCGAGUCGGCACGCCCGUCUUACUGCUCGUCGCUCUUGGUCAACGCUAUCCUGGCGCUCGGCUGUCACUUCACCAGUGUCCCUGGCGCCUUUGGGACGCUGGGCGACAGCCGAACAAAGGGCGAACACUUCUUCGCCGAGGCCAAGAGGCUCAUCGUGGUCAAUGACGAGUACGAAAAGCCGCGGCUGACAACAGUCCAGGCCCUGGCUCUCAUGUCGGUACGCGAGGCCGGUUGUGGACGCGAGGCCAAAGGGUGGGUCUAUAGCGGCAUGAGCUUCCGGAUGGCCCAGGAUAUCGGACUGAACCUCGAUGCUGGUGCCAUCAAGUCGGACAAGGAGCAGAUGGACGAGCAGCAGAUCGAUGCACGCCGGGUGACGUUCUGGGGCUGUUUUCUCUUCGACAAGGCCUGGUCAAACUACCUGGGACGACUACCGCAGCUACCCAAGAACUCGUUCAACGUGCCCAAGUACGACGUCUUCCCCGACGAAGACGCCGAGAUGUGGUCGCCCUACACGGACACGGGCUUCGACAAGGCCUCGCAACAACCGUCGAGGACGAGGGCCGUCGGUUUGCAACUGUCGCAGCUGUGCGAGAUCAGUAGCGACCUGCUUCUCUUCUUUUAUCAUCCAAAUCAUAUCGGAAGGUCGAGCGGCAAGUCGGUAGAGCUGAAGAAGCUGAGCGAGCUCCACAGGCGGCUCGAGGACUGGCGAAAGGCGCUACCGACCGAGUUUGAGCCCAAGGAGGACCAACUGCCAAACGUUAUCUUGAUGCAUAUGUUUUUCCAUCUUCAGUAUAUCCACCUGUUCCGGCCGUUUCUCCGAUAUGCCCCGGCGAAUUCACCACUGCCCUCGCAUGUAUCACCUCGACGCAUCUGCACCGCCAACGCCGGCGCCAUUUCCAAGCUGAUGAGGCUAUAUAAAAAGACAUAUAACCUGCGACAAAUAUGUAACAUUGCCGUUUACAUGGUGCAUUCGGCCUGCACUAUCCACCUCCUCAACCUGCCAGAAAAGACGGCAAGACGAGAUGUGAUACACGGGGUAAAGCAACUAGAGGAGAUUGCCGAGGAUUGGCCGUGCGCGAGACGGACCCUUAGCAUCCUCAGCGUGCUCUCGCGGAAGUGGGGUGUAGAGAUGCCCGAGGAGGCAUCCAUCGUCCUGCGACGGACGGACGAGAUGUACGGCGGCUUCAGCACUGCCGACGUCCCUUCACCCAGCAUAGUCGGGGAUUUGUCGACGCCCGCCGGUGUCACCUCAUAUGCCAACUCACCCCCAGCAGCGCUUGCAGAACAGCAACAGCAGUUCAACGUAGCAAUGGCGCAGGCAAGCACGCCAGCGGCUGCGCAGCCGCAAAGGAUAGAUCAGAAUGGGCAUGGAGGCGCGAUGCGGUCGCAGGCCACGAUGGGAGGGGGCUACGAACCGAGGUCGACGCCAUCUCCCGGAGCACAUCGGCAACAUCACACACCGAAACCAUCCGUUCAUACCGUCCAGAAGACGAGCCAUGGCAACGGUGGUAGUAGUAAUAACAGCGGGGGCGGUACAAACCCGAAUGCGCCCAUGUCCAUGGCAGAGGCCAUGGCGUCGAUGAGCGCGUGGCCCAUGCAGGGCUACAACCAUCCGUACACGGCCAGCACGCCCGUGACAAUGGCGGGGGGUGCCGCCAUUGGCGGCAUGAACGGUUCGAACCGCGUCUCCCCAGUGUCGGCGCGCACGCCAAACUCCAUAUACGCCGUCGACGGACAGGAGUGGUACCUCAAGGACGGCGUCAACUGGCAGCAGAACUUUGAGACGUGGGACCUGGGAAACGGCAGCGGCAGCGGCAGCGGCAAUGGCAGCGGCGCCCCCGCGAUGCAAGACCCGUCGACCAUGUUUAUGUUCAGGGGCAUGCGAGGGGCCGCCGAGGGCGACUCAACCGCCAUGUUAGACUCGCUGGGUCCCGGCAUGGAGGGGUUGGACCACCUGCCAGGCCUAGAUUGAGGCGGGAGAUGACGCCGGAAACGAGGCGGCCCGCCAAGGCCAAACUUUGCCCGACCUCUCGGCCUUUAUGACCUCUCCUUCUGUGCUACCCGGGGUAUACCCUCGGCCGCGUGGAUGAAGGACAAGGGGCUACAAUUUUGGCUGGUUAUCAUUUAUUUAUUUUUGGUCUACCUUUUCUUAUUUGGAUCUCCGGCUUCUGCGUCGAAUUCGGGACGGUGUCUCACUCUAUUGUAGCAAAGCCGUAACUCUGGCUACAUGGUGCCUUGCUGUAUGUAUGGUGCUCGGCUCGUCAAACGGCAGAUAUGCAUCGUACUCGCUUCCCUCAUCGACUGCCAAACGCUCGGGAGAUUUUGACAGUCCCACGAAAUCGGGCACCAGCAGGUCCUCGUUACCUGCCCUGCCCUUGCCCCUCUUCCUCCUCCGCCAUACGCGCUAGCACCCCGCGGAACAGCGCCGCCUCGGCCUCCAUCUCGCCCAUGGAGCGCGGGGCGCGGUCCGCGUCCUCGAUGCGCGGGAACCCGCCGCCGGGCUCCGGCCUCUUCCCACCACCACCUUCACCUCCCACUGCGGCGGCGGCGGCGGCGGCAUCCCAUAGCUUCCCGCCGACGUUGCCGUCUUCGCCGUGCAUGCGCUCGUACAGCUCGUCAGGCCCGCCGUUGGGCAGGUGGUCCGCCGCCGCGGUGCCGCCGCGGCGCGGGAUGACGUGCACGUGCACGUGCGGGACCGUCUGGCCGGCCUCGGGCCCGUCCUGGACUGCGAUGUUGAAGGAGCCGCCCUCUUCAUGUUCUUUUCUUUUGCUGCUGCUGCUGCUGCUGAUGCUGCGGAUGAAGAAGAAGAAUGAGAAGAAGAGGAGGAGGAGGAAAAGUAGUGGCGCGCCAGCAUGCGCUGGACGCGCUGGACGGCGCAAAACAGGUCCGUCAGCUCGGGCGCGGCCAGGUCCGUGAGGCGGCGGUGCGGCGCGCGCGGGCACACGAGCACGUGGCCCGGCAGCAGGGGCUUGAGGUUGACGAGGGCGAAGGAGUGCGGCGUGGUGAGGAAGACCUGGGAGGUGACCUCGAAGGGGCCGAAGCGGAUGGGGCUGUUGUUGGCGGCUUUGGAGGCCAUGGUGGUGGUAGCGGUGGUGGUGGUGGUGGCGAUGCCUCUGCUAGUGAUGAUGGUGGUUGUGAUGGCGCUGUUGCAGCCUCGACGGUAGAGGGCUGCUGCUGCUGCGGCUGGCUGGUUGAUGAGUCUGGUGCGCAUGGGGAGGGUUUGAUCUGGGCUGUAGCAAGAUGCGAUGUGUCAAAGCGCGAUAUAGCGAGAGAUUUCAAGGAACAGUGUCGAGAUCGUGGUGAUUAAUCGCCUGCAGCCACGUUGUUCCAGCGCAUGAUGUAAUUAAUUGACAGCAAACAGAGGCGUUCCCCACAGGCCCGCCCGUCCUAUUCCAAACACCUCAAGAAAUAGUCAUAAUACAAAUACUACAAAAAAAAGCCAACAUCUCCAGGCACCCCUGGACACAUCAUCCUUGACCCAGCCCUGCCGGCUAAACAUUGUUCUCGAUCCAAUCCU